AUGGAUGAGGUGACAGACUAUGUGCAUUCCUCGAACGCAACUUGUAUUCGAGACGCAGAGGGAUCGUUUGAAGAGCGCCGGCGGCGACUGGACCAGCGCUUGCGGAAGUCGAAGGAGAUCUCCCGUGCAGACCUGGUGCAGCGGAACAUCGUUCAAGGUCUCUCGGUUGUGCGCCAGGGUGUUCACAUCCUGGAAGGCCUGCUGAGGUCUCGCCCCACUCUGGAGCAGCUUGUUACUUCAAACAAGCUGCCGCCAGACUACAUCGACAAGAUGUUUCCCAACGAUGCCAGCGGCAGCGAGGCACCCAAAGCGGAGCGCAAGCCAGCGGUAUCGCUGAACCAGCUUCUUGCUCCGCCCAGCGGUCGCCAGGGCGCUGCCACAGCGAAUACGCCGUCGGCAGGCUCUGGGCCGCCCGGCUAUUUGCCACCUUGGCAAGGUGGUCAGGUUCCUGUUGUCGAUCCUGCGGUACUUGCAACGAUGAUGGUGCAGGCGGCUAUGAUGAAGAGUCCGUCGCCCAUCACUGGACAGAUGGGUGCGAUGCCCUAUUCCGGCACCAUGCCGCCCUUCAGCGGGGCGAUGCCGGCCGCAGGAUUUCCACCAGGGCGCCCGCCAGGGCACCCGCCAGGGGCGGCUUUCCCUCGGGGUGCCUUCCAACUACCAUCGCCAGUAGCUCCAAGCUCUGAGGGGAGCCGCAGCGAGGCCACCUCGCCCAUAGCGAGGCCACCCACCAAGGUGUGGCAUCGAAACGAACCUGAGCAGCCCCCCAACAGCGCUGGCGUGGACAUGAUUGCUCCGAUACGGCCCCCGAAGCCAUCUAUCCAGGCGCAGCGUGCGGCAAGCACGCAGUACCCUUCUGUCUCGAGGACAGAGGUGCCGCCUUUUGUUACACUGCUGGAAAGUUUCUGCAAUCGUAUGCUGGGCUCGGACCCGAUCUCGCCUCCGGGAAGGUGA